AUGAGUGUAACCGACAGUAAUGAAGAGAUCUACCAAUCAAGGAAUUCUGAGAGGAUUUGGGUAAGAUUUAUAACAUCCGAUUUAUUAAUUAUCUUACGUUUGAAAGAGCUAAGCUUGCUUCUUUCAGGGAAUUGUCAAAUUCAAUCCAAAUUUCUCCCAGUUGAUCUACAAUGAGCCUAUGUGUGUUCUCUCCAAGCCCAAUAGAGUUUCCAAUUUGAAAUUGACCAGACAAGUAAGUGUUAUAUGAAUUAGUACCUUGUUCUUCAGGAUCUCUCGAUUCAAAAGUUGAUUGAUGAGUCCACAAGGUUGCUCAAGGCACCUCCGGCACCUAGGCAUGGGUAUUCCUUAUACAUACGGUUUGACAUCCAUUCGAAGACUAAAUUGUUUGGUGGUUUAUAUCUAAUCGACGGGAAUUUGGAUCUUUUGAAAGAAAAUUUUGUUCUUGAGCUUACUCCAUCACCUGUAAGUUGUUUCCCCAAUGUUUGCAGCCUUUUUUAGGAAUACUUCAUUGAAAAAGUGUUGGAUGGGCUGCUGGAAGCAAGUUUAUCAGAAAAUAAUGUAAAUGGGGCGGAUGAACUUUUAAUAGACCUGUCCAAUGGCUUGAAUGAUCUUUAUUUAUUUGGAGUAUGGGUUCAGAAGGUGAAUUUCAAAAGAAUACUUCAGAUUUUUAUUGAUUCCAGGGAAUUGUAAGUCAAAAAUCAGCUUUUUUGGAGGUUCUCUUAUUUUAGUGUGUCAGAUAACUACUUUCAUCACAUAAUGGACUUAAUGACCAAUGCAGGUCCCGAGAAGUGGUGCGAAAUAGACAAAAGUGUCUUAUUCUCGACACUAAAUUUAUUGGAAAAUAAAGACACUGCCAAAAAUUUUGUUUCUUUUGCUGUUGUUUUGUGUCAGCUGGUUAUUGAUAACUUGUAAGUCAAAUUUAAUAUGCAUUUUUUUACAGAAAUUUUUUAACGGUUUAAAUUUAUUUUAAUCGAUUUCAGACCCGAUUUGCAUGAAUACCUAUCGGAGAAGCUGGAUUUUGAGAAAAUACUUGAUCUGUUACCAGAAUCCUCCUCCUCCUAUCACUACUCUUAUAUCCGGGUCCUAUUUUUCUUAUGGCAAAUGGCAGACGAGAUCACAUUCGAACAACUCAAAGUAUUAUCAAGUACUGAGAGAUGGGUAAACUCCUUUAUGCCACUGGUUGAAAGUCCAGCGGUAUAUCAAAACGAGAAAUUGAUAUCCGAAUUGAGCAAAAUUUGUGCUGGGAGAAUGGCUCAUUUAACGGCCAGGUCCAAACUGCGUCCGAGUUUAGAGGAUAUCCAUAAGAUUACGGUAAGCCGAUUUUUUAUUACAUUGCAUUGUUUUUUAGGUCUUGAUCAAGAACAUUUCCACAUGGUCACAGUCUUCAAGUUAUCGAAUAUCUAAAGCGAUUCCAGAGUUUUCGUUGUCCAGGGAUUGGAGUGCCUUUGAGAAUGCACUGUACAGAACGCCUCCGGGCUUGAUGGCUAUUGAGUUUAUGGAAAGGGCUUUCAGUGCGGAGGAUCAAGAACUAUUUGAGGUGGGAAUGGCUCAUGUAUUAGCUUACAUACCAAACGAUUACAAAAGUUAUUGAUAUUAUUCUAGAUAGCAACAAAAGGCCCGUUGUGCCCCGAGGAUUGGUGUGUAAUGAUGCUGGAUAUCAUUAGCAUGACUUUUAAGACGAUGAAGAAUGCGAGCGGGGGUAAAUUUAUUUAUUUUAAGCCAUUUGAUAAAAUUUAUAUUAUUUUAGGUAUGAAACUGUGCCCAUUUUUCCUCGUCGAAGUUGAUCCAAUCCCCUCGUUCCUGAAAUCUCUGGCAAUGUUAUUUCACAGAACCUGGAGUGAGAUUAACGACAAUAAGGAAAGCUUGAAGAAUGUGCUUGAGAUUACACAAGUCAAAGUUAAUAAGUGCCUAGAGUCAUAUCCAAAAACAGUGGAGAUGUUUGAUUCCUUCCUGAAAGAGAAUUUCGAUUCAGAGUUUAGCCGAAAAGAGCUGGAGCUACUCAAAGAAGGAAGGAACGAUCUGGAAAAUCGAUGGAAAAAGUAAGGCUGCCAUAGAUAAUAAAAUUUAUUUUUUUUAGAAAGUUGGUAGAGGAACACUCUCCAAGUGUCAAGAAGUUUAUAAAGGACACUUAUACAAAACCUCUGAAAGAUGGGCUUGUUCUUCAACGUUUACCGAAAGAUCUGGACAAGAUGUUUGAAAAAGAAUCCACCAAAAAAGAUGACAAAUUAUUGUGGAGGCAUUGGCGACUCAGCGUGUUUGAUGAUAUUCUCUUUUAUCGAGACUGUGGUGAUGAUGGGAGAGUUGUCAAUGGAGAGAAAGGGAGUAUCCGAAUAGACGAGAUCAAACAUAUUAUUCAUGGGCCGGAAUAUUUAACCCUCGCAAACAUGGCUCGAUUUGAAACUCCACAAGGGAUUUUCAACUCAUUGAAGAAAAAGAAGUCCCAUACAGCAAAUUUACCAAAGGGAUUAUUGAUUCAGACGGCGGAAGAAAACUUUGAAUUGAUCUGCGAAGAUGAGGAAAUCUUGGGAAAAAUGAUCAAAGCUUUUAAUAUUUUAUGCUUUAACAAGUACCCAGAAGAUGAGGUAAGCGUUGUUUUUUUUAUUUAGGACAGCUAUCCUUUUUGCCAUAAAUAAUGUAAUUUUUCUCUAAUUUAAGCUCCAAGUCCUCUUGAACGUGGAAACCGAAACAAGACUGCUCAAUUUGAAGGUGGUAAAGUUGGAGAAGAUCGGGGCGCCUAAAGAAUCUCCUCUCCCUGUUCCAGAUCUCCCUAAAAGUUAUUAUGACUGGAUCCCAAAAGAAUAUCACCAUUGUAUUGAUCCUCGAAAAGUAUUAAGACUCAACGGAAAGAAGGUCUCAAUUCCAAGCUUUAAGAAGUACGUCUUUGAAUUGCACGACGAAGACGAAGAUCCCGACUCCACCUCUAGUUCUGAUCUGUGA